AUGCGGCGUAAACAGUUCACACCUCUGCCGGCUCCGCUCUCCCACAUAUACCGGCAACUCCUCGCGGGUAACAAGAUCCGAUCGAUAGCACCUAACCCUGAUUUCGACCCAACCAUCCAAGAUCAGAGUCGGCGCUGCGAGUACCAUCAGGGCGCACCCGGUCACACCACUGACAAUUGUUGGAAGCUACGGGAGAGGAUCCAACAGAUGAUUGAUGAUAAGCAACUCACGUUCAACGCCGUCAAACCCCCGAACGUGCAAUCAAAUCCUCUUCCCGAUCACGGGUCGAGCUCGGGACCCAGCAUUAACAUGAUCGGUGUUUGCGCUAUAGGGGAGUACGAGACCGGACAGGAGGCACCGGCCCCGUUUGUGAUCGAAUAUGUUCCUGCAGAAACUGGUGUAGGGUACGCAGGGUUCGAUGCCACGCCCGCCCCAUUCGUGAUAGAAGUCCCCGCACGAGAGCCAUAUCAAAACAGCAAGGUCCCGUGGACCUACGAAGGAAGUGUUGGGAACCUCGAGAGUCAAUUUAGCGUCAUGGGCGUGACGCGCUCAGGUCGAGUCUAUGAAAAUCCGAAGGCCGCAAACAAAGGGAAAGCCCUGGCAAUGCCCGAAGUCGCCCCGGAAGCCUUGUCCACUCCCCAGAAGAAGGUGACUGAAGAAGAAGCUGAGGCCUUCAUGAAGAUUAUCAAGGCAAGCGAGUACAAGGUCGUUGAACAAAUGGGCAAAUCUCCAGCCCACAUUUCACUACUCGCCUUCCUCUUGGGUUCAGAGCCACAUCGUGAAGCGCUUCUGAAGGUCCUGACAGCAGCGCAGAUCCCCAAAGAAACGGCUCUGGAGCGGAUUGAGGAGACUAUCAGUUCGAUCUUCUCCAACGACAUUUCAUUCUCAGAUGAUGAACUUCCCUCAGAAGGGUGGGCACACUCGCGGGCACUACACAUUCAAAUGAACAUGGACUUUAACGGCAUUCGUCCGAGCAAGACUGCAGUUCGAGCCUUCGAUGGCUCGCGAAGGGAAGUAAAUGGAGAGAUCGACCUGGUGAUCGAGGUGGGUCCCUGCUCAUUCGCUGUUACGUUCCAAGUCCUAGACAUUCCGAAUGCUUUCAGCUUGUUGCUCGGGAGACCGUGGAUCCAUGCAGCUGGCGCCGUUCCUUCGUCCCUACACCAAAGGAUCAAAUUCAUCGCAGAAGAUCGACUUAUCACGGUCAAGGGUGAGGAGGACUACGCCAUUUACAAGGAGACAGCUGUCCCCUACAUCAGUAUCGGGGACGAUCAAAACCUCCCAUUCCAUUCAUUUGAAACAAUCUCCGUCAUUCAAGACUACGGAGAGAUCGGUCCAACCCGCGCUGACCGCAUAGUGGGGAAGGUUUUGCUGCGCCACAAUUAUAUCCCCGGCACCGAACUCGGAGCACAUGGGCAGGGGAUCAACCGCCCCAUCGAGGUUGAGGAGUACAAGAACAGGAGGGGACUCGGUUUUCGCCCUUCCUGUCACGAGAUUAUUGAGGCCCGUAGGGGCAAGCACCUUCACCGUCUCGCUGCACGCUAUGGGAAGAUCAACAGGGGCAUCCUGGCUCAGCCGCUCUCCUACUUCUUUCCUGGGCCUCCACACAUCGUCGGAGAAAUUCUUGACGGUCCCUCCUCGGAUUCAGACAGCGAGCCUGUUGACCUGCCAAACAUAUGCGCCGUCACCGAGGUAACUACUCCAGGGGCUUACAUCCGCCUCGCGCAGGAAAAUGAGGAACUCAACAACUGGACCUCAGUCUCGCGUUACUCGGUUGUAAUCGCCGAUGUGUAA